AGUGUCAGCGGCCCAAGUGGCGGGGGCGGGCGUCGGCGAACCUGUUUGGCUCCAGGACGUUUUCCCUAUGGAGGUCAAAGUGCUUUCCAAGACAGGAGUCACCGACGACGCUGUGCUGUCCAUCCGUGCGGGCACGGUCAGAAGGCAAGCACAGAUCUCGAGCGGCCGCCCGUUCCGAUUUCCGAAGAUCACUUUGGAGGAGAACCCGGUGAAGAUCGACAUUUUGCAGCAGGUUGGCACGGCAUACCUGGUGACCAAGCCCGGGGAGGACCAGUACAAAGUCAGCUUCGAAGGCGAGUUCAAUGCGGAGCUGGAGGUGCAGCUGAGCCAGAUGGACGGCAGCGAGCCGAAGGCGGAAGUGGAGGAUCGGAAGCAGGAGGCCGUCGCUAGCGCGAAGGAUGCGAAGGAGUACCUCGAGAACCACCAGGUGCUGCAGUUUGUGCAGGCGGUUCUGCAGACGGUCAUCAAGGAGAGGCCCUCUGACCCCUUUGAGUACAUGGCAAGGC